GUGUGAGGUAUGGAUGCGCUAGGCAUUACCUCCUCGUUCUGUUUCGCGCACCUCAUACAAUGUCCUGAUUUUGUGAAAACCCCCUCAGUGUAAACAAUGACAGGAAAAUUCACGUGAGGUUUUUUAUUCUCGGUGAAGAACGAGCACUCGGAGGGAAGAGUCGAAUUGUCUUUUAAGUUACUUGAACCGGUCAAUAGAAUUGAACUUGAAGUGCCAGUGUGGGUGGGCCAGUUUAUUUGGCACUACCCAUUGGUUUUGUUAUCGUACGUAUGAAAUUUUAUUACUAAUUUUUAAAUUGUUACAAUAUAUAUCAGUUCGACCUUUUUACGCGUGUUUUGUGAACGUGCAUCGGUGUAUCACCGAUAAGAUGCAGGAAGACUGUGUUGGCAGUGGAUCCGUUUUGGACGGUAAAAACGUCACGAAAACAUCUACCGCCACGACCGCUGCCGUGAGCUCAGAUGCCUCAGGAACAAGAGCUGGUGCUGGCGAAGAAAAUUUCUCUGCAAUUGCCCCUAAAUUGUCACAAGUAGAAGAUGGUUCAUCAGCUGCUGGUGCUUCAGGAAUAAAUGGUGAUGGCUGUGCUGGCAUCGUUCGAAGUGUUGAUGGUAGUGGUGAAACACCCACCCUAGUUGGGUCUGUUAGUGACCUCAGUCUGACCUCAUCUGUGGCAUCACUCUGGUCCCAAGAUGAGCAUAAUCAGUUACUGUCUUCCAUGCCAGCCAUCAAUGGCUCUGUUGGCUUUGGUGGGCAGGGAAGUUCAGUUCCUCAACUGUUCAGUGGGCCAGGCCUGGGCCGUCUGAAUCAACAGCGCAGCCUCCCUCAGCACCAAACAUCCCAGAGAGGCAUGUUGCCUGGUCACAAUUCUAUGGUUGGGCCUCCUGGUCCGGGAACUGCAGUACAAGGAUUUCUAGGCAGUAAAGUUAAUAGUUCUUGGUCAUCUGGCUUAGGCCAAGCCAGCGCCUGGUCACCUGGGGUACAAGGGGGCAUGGGUAGGCCUACAGGGAGUCCAGUUGGUGUUGGAGGUGGCCACAAUGCCUCGAUUGGAGCAAUGGCUUGGAACCGGAGCAAAAGCACAAACCUCUCCAGUAACAUAAGAGUUUCUCCUAAUGCUCCACCAAACAUGGGUGGUGUAGGUAAAGUUUCUCCUUCAACCAUGGCUGCUAACAUGAAAUUUCAACGAUCAACCAGUUUUCCCAGCAAAUCAGCUAUGCCUCCCCAGCACGCAUCUUACGCUCAUCAACACAGCCCUCUGCAGGCCAGUCCUCUACAAGCAGGACAAUUGCCGCCAAGUUUUGAGAUCACAGGCUCGGAAGAUGGGCGAGACUAUCUCCAAUUCCAGGAUUGCAGUAACCGAGGAACUGGAGGGGUGAGCGGUGGUAACAACAACGGAGGGGGCGGCGGUCCCUUGGACAAUAUGAGGGCCUUCCACCACACCUUAUCUGAUAUUAUGCGCGACCAGCAGCAGCAGGAGCUCAAUAAAGGGUACAUGGGCUGUGGCUCGUCCCAGGCGCUGUCCUCUCUGGCCGCAGUGCACCUACACGGCAAGACGCCGUUCAUGGGUCUGGAGGAGCAGCUUCUCAUGGAGGACCCUCAACACCAGCAGCUGGUGGACGCCCUCUCCCCCCUUCACCCUCAUCACCACCACCCACCGCAGCAUCACCCUCAUCACCACCACCAGCUGAAUACCUCACCCCUGGGGGGCGUGCCCCUCCCCCUCACCUCCCCCUCCAGGUCCAGCCCUCGCUCCCAGGCCUCGGACAACGGGGAGCGCUUCAGCCGCAAGGUCUUCGUCGGGGGCCUUCCUCCCGACAUAGAUGAGGGUGAGACCCGUGCCCACUAUUCAAUAUUUUAGUACCUACUCAUUGUGGUUAAGAUGUACCUCUCCCCGCCUCAGGACGAGAGCAGCGUGCAGCAGCUGAUCGACACGUGCAUCAAGGACGACGACAAGCUGUACUUGUGUGUGUCGUCGCCCACCAUCAAGGACAAGCCCGUCCAGAUCCGCCCCUGGCGCCUCUCUGACGCCGACUUUGUCUUGGACGCCUCGCUGCCUCUCGACCCCCGCAAGACCGUCUUCGUGGGCGGCGUCCCCCGUCCCCUCAAAGCCGUGGAGCUGGCGAUGAUAAUGGACCGGCUGUAUCAGAUGUGCGACGAGUGUCAAGGCGCGCGCUGUGGCGGCAAGUUCGCUCCUUUCUUCUGCGCGAACGUGACGUGUCUGCAGUACUACUGCGAGCACUGCUGGCAGACCAUCCACAGCCGACCUGGACGCGAGUUCCACAAGCCCCUAGUCAAGGAGGGGGCAGACCGGCCCAGGACCGUUCCCUUCCGGUGGUGUUAAGACCCCAUAAACUAGGCACUUCAAUACUAUUUACCAUACCAAUGUUAACCCCUUGCCAAUUAGGAUCUUAAAUAACCUGGCGCUUAGGGACAUUAACAGCAUCUCAGCUAGGGAAUUAGAAAACCCGGCUGUUUUAAGCUUGACAAAACGGGAUAACAGGGAGGUUAAUAACCUGUAAUGCAUUAAUUCCUGCAGCUAACAAAGUAGAAACCUUGCAAUUAGCCACGUUACUACCCGGCAAUUUGCGAAGUUAAUGCCCAGGUAAUAAAAAAUGUGAAUUCCCCUGCAAUUACGUCCGUUCAAAAUAACGCAAAUGCUUCCCCGAGUUGAAUUUCAUGAACGUAAAUAACAAGGUAAUUUCCGUUGCACAUGUUGCCAGCCCCUGAAGAAGGGUGCGACGACUGCUCCGUGGGGCUUCUCCUGGCUAUGUCCAGACCAUGGCGAUGAGGCAUAGAACGUAAAGGAGACUCCAGAUGCCCUGGGACGAGUCAAUAACCAAACUGUUGACCUCGAAUUCCCUGAGCAGUUCAGUGGCUAAAUCCUCCUCGUUCAUUUAAGCCCCUUAGUUCCGGGCAGCUAGGCACCCAAGAUAUUAGACUGAAGUUUCGCAUUCAGAAUUGCGGUGUACUUAGAAUCGACCGGCAGUUCACUGCUGUUCUGGGGCUCGCUACUAAACGAGGCCGAGUUAGGGUUUAGCGAUAGGCAGCGGUAAUUAUUGUCUCCAAGUCAAUUUUCUUACUUUUUAAUGCUAGACGUACCCUAUAGACUCAUUUUAGAGUUCCACUGUGAUCUUGGCUUUGAAUUGCCUAAAGAUUUGGUUAUUUUUUCAUUGGGGGCUUGGUUAACAGUUACCCUAGACCUAGGGACUGGGUUUAUUUUAUGAACUAUGCUAAAUAUCUCCCUAGAGACACGAGGGCUCUCAUUUUUCUCAGACAUAACGCUGAAUUAUUGUUACAAAUAGUGUGCCCGAAGUCUCGUCAGGAAAGCAGCGCUUUUAAUUUCGUCCACAUCUUCCUGCACGGCAACGUCGGCUUGUAACAAUCAUACCUCGUUACUCUGAGCAGCGUUACUCUUUUAGUUACAAUCAGUGCAAUGAGUGUCACUAGAAAAGAGCAGCCAUGUAAUGAGAAUGUUGAUGUCGCCCUGAACUGCAAUGCAUUUGUCGAGCUAGUAACUGGUGUCUUUCGGCGUUAGGGAGUAAAGGUGACAGAGCUUUAUGCAUGCGAUUCGCAAAGCUUGCCACUAUUUCAGAGUUUCUGGAAUAUCAUCGUUUUUAUCCGUGCAAUUUAUAAGUUUUUAGAAUAUAUCCGUAUUGCGUCGACGGAUCGCACGCUCUUGGGCCGUCAAUAACUCCUCAUUAUUUCCCUAACAUCUAACAAUUAACCUAAUACCUAAUAAUUACCGUAGUACGAACUACAAGUUUUGUCCACUGUAACGAGUAGUGCGGGUCGUGGUGGGGAUGUCCACCGUGGGGCAUGGAGCCCCCGCACCUAGCACCGGGGAUCAUGUAGUCUUGGGUGCCAUGUGUUAGCCUCUAUAGGCCCCUUCCCUGCUCCCCUUUCCGUGCAUUAUUUAACCCUAGAUUAUUUGCAGCGCUAGUUGCCUUUCUUGUUGUAUAGUUUCUAUUAUUUUUUUAUGGCAAGCGUGGAUAUUUUUUAACUGUUAUUCGGAUGUUGUUUC